AGUCGGUGCUGAAAGUGUUUUCUCCGGAGCUUCUCCCUCCUCUUCACCGACACGAUGGAGGAAGAGUUAAAAUGUCCCGUGUGCGGUUCCCUCUUCCGGGAGCCCGUCCUGCUGCCGUGCUCCCACAACGUGUGCCUGGCCUGCGCCCGCAACAUCACGGUGCAGACCCCGGAGGGAGAGACCCCGGUGCAGAGCCGAGCCUCGGGCAGCUCGGACUACGACUACCUGGACAUGGACAAGAUGAGUCUGUACAGUGAGACCGACAGCGGCUACGGCUCCUACACCCCCUGUCAGCUCAAGUCCCCCAACGGGGUGCGGGUGUUUCCGCCGGCCGCCGCUCACCGGCACUGCUCCCUCACCUGCCCGCUGUGCCACCGGAGCGUCUCCCUGGACGAGCGGGGGCUCCGGGGUUUCCCUCGGAACCGGCUGCUGGAGGCCAUCGUGGCGCGGUACCAGCAGAACCGCGCCGCCGCCGCCGCCGCAGCCGCUUCCUCCUCCUCCUCCUCCACGGCGGUGAAGUGUCAGCUGUGCGACCGCAACCCGGUGGACGCGGCGGUGAUGUGCGAGCAGUGCGACGUCUUCUACUGUCACUCCUGCCAGCAGCGGUGCCACCCAUCCCGCGGUCCGCUGGCCAAGCACCGCCUGGUGCCGCCGCCGAACCCAGCGGCAGGUGGAGGUGCGGCAGCAGGAGGAGGAGGAGGAGGAACCAAGGGUCAGCAGCCGCCGGCCACCGCGCGGAAACCGGCGACCUGCGUGGACCACGAAGCGGAAAACUUCAGCAUGUUCUGCUGCAGCUGCAAAACUCCGGUGUGCGUCAAGUGUCUGGAGGAAGGAAAACACAACAAGCACGAUGUCAAACCGCUGGCGGUGAUGUGGAAACAACACAAGUGUCAGAUCUCUCAGGCCCUGAACGGAGUCUCUGACAAAGCUAAAGAUGCAAAGGAGUUCCUGGUCCAGCUGAAGAACAUGCUCCAGCAGAUCCAGCCUGCAGCUUCAGCGGGAAACUGAUUAUGAGCAUUUCACAGUUUUGGUUUGCAAUGCUUCUUCCUGCAGGAGGGCGGCGUCGAGUUCGAGGCUUGUCUCGUGGCUCAGUGCGACUCGCUGAUCGAGGCGCUGACCAGACAAAAAGCCAAACUGCUCACCAAGGUCACCAAGGAGAAGGAGUACAAGCUGAAGGUGGUGCGUGACCAGAUCACCCACUGCACCAUGAAGCUCCGUCAGACCACAGGGAUGAUGGAGUUCUGUCUGGAGGUGCUGAAGGAGAACGACCCCAGUGGAUUCCUGCAGAUCUCAGACCCCCUGAUCAAGCGGGUGACAUCGUCUCAGGACCAAUGGGUCAAAGGGGCCCUGGAGCCAAAAGUUGGCCCCGAGUUCGACCUCACCCUCAACACCGACUCGCUGAUGCAGACCAUCCUGCAGCUGGACUUCUGCCAGGGCAAAGCUGAGUCUGGGCCCUCUGUGCCGGCGGCGCCGCUCCUGCAGCUGGAGAAGUGCUGCACCAGGAACAACAGCGCCACCUUGGCCUGGAGAGUGGCAGCACCCUCUGGAAGCCCCAUCGAGGGCUACAUCCUGGAGUUAGAUGACGGCAACGGAGGACAGUACAGGGAGGUUUAUGUGGGGAAGGAGACUGUGUGCACGGUGGACGGCCUCCAUUUUAACAGCUCCUACAACGCCAGGGUGAAGGCCUAUAAUGCCGUCGGUGUGGGACCGUACAGCAAGACCGUUGUUCUGAGGACCUCUGAUGUGGCCUGGUUCACCUUUGACCCCUCCUCGGCUCAUCGGGACAUAGUUCUGACCAACGAGAACCUGACGGUCUCCUGCAACAGCUACGAUGACCGCGUGGUUCUGGGCACCGCUGCGUUCUCUAAGGGCAUCCACUACUGGGAGGUCAGCAUCGAUCGCUAUGACAACCACCCGGACCCGGCGUUUGGCGUGGCGAGGAUCAACACCAUGAAAGACAUGAUGCUGGGGAAGGACGACAAGGCGUGGGCCAUGUACGUGGACAACAACCGCUCCUGGUUCAUGCACAACAACUCCCACACCAACAGGGCGGAGGGAGGCAUCGCUAAAGGCUCGACCGUGGGCGUCCUGCUGGAUCUGACCAAACACACUCUGACUUUCUUCAUCAACAAGGAGCAGCACGGGCCGACCGCCUUCGCUAACCUGGAGGGGGUCUUUGUGCCGGCGGUCAGCCUCAACAGAAACGUACAGGUGACCUUACUGACGGGCCUGGAGGUGCCAAAGAAUAUCAAACAGUAGGAGCUCCCUCUUCUCUCUGAGCGUGCUCUGGAUACAAACACACAGAGUCGUACGCAGCCUCAGUUCGCUCCCGCGUGGACGUUUCUUUUCCCGUCCAGCUGGGACUUAACUCCUCUCCCAUCAAGGUGCCCUUUGUCUUGGGUAAACUUCAGCGUCGGAUCCUUUGGGACAAAGGAAUAAAUCUAACUAUUGGUUAUAAAUACAGUGAUGGACGGUAACUACGACUGGAUUUACUGUGGAUUGUCACACUCUUUUCAUAUCCCACGGUUUUGCCUCCAGGACUCUGACGGCACGUGUGUUAAUAUUCUCGCUGCUAUCAUUCCAGUGAUUUCCACAGAAAGGGAAACGGAGCCUGGAGUUUCUACUCGAGGCCGACCGACGUCUACACUGUGCAGUGAAAUCAUUUUGUACCGAACAAGGCAUUGAAAGAUGUACACGAUGCACCACACACCGUUAGAACGUUGACACCAUCAUUUCUGAGGAAUUCCAAAGCGACUUUCAGGAGAUAAAAAAAAAAUAAAUAAGAGGGAGAAUUGAUUUAGCAGUUAUUCUCUCUCAGGUGUGUUUACAGCUCAAACUAGACGAUCUCUCCGAGUUAACGUUGCAUUGUGGGUUGUUUUCGCUCGUGACAAAUUUGAAAGCUAAACCCUCAGUGCGCACGUUUCGCCCCAGCUGCGGCUCCCGUGUUCUGUUUCUCAUUAUUGGUUGGAGUUUAAUAAGAGCAGUGAUUUGUUACCUGUGGGCAGGAACAUGACAGACAUUAGGAACUCACCGAGGUGAAGCUGGGAGGAGUUGGGCUUUGAUUCAUUUCCUUUUCCAGUCGGCUGUGUAACAGAUCAAUGGAGCCUGGGAGCAGCCUUUUAAAAUGUCAGAAUCUUCCAUCUUAAAUUCAUUCUCAUGCAGUUUUUUGGGGUCAAACUUUUGCAGACAAUUAAGUUUUAAUCGGGUUGAGUCAGAGUUUCUUGCGGUUUGAUUUACCAGCUGCACUAAAUGUAAUUUAGUCGUUGAAAGUGGCCAAAUAUACUUUAAUAUUUAUGAGGAUUCUUUCAGUUUGCUUUCCUGCUGAGAGUUACAUGAGAUAAACACCUUUCUUGUAUCUGUCCAUUACACGUGAGGCUGCAGACAGCGCUGCUUGUUGCCUUAGCUUAGCAUUAAGACUAAUUAAUUGUUUAAAAUCAAGGAGCAAAAUCCAUUUUUAUUAUUAUUAUUGGCCUGGAGAUUGUCUACAGCUGCUCCCGGGCUCUUCACACACAGAAUCUGUCAGAAGCUGCUGAAAUGAGACGGAAAUGAGCCCAAUCCCACAUUUAUUCCCUUUUCCGUCGUACGAGGCCAACACAUAAAACGAUGCAGAUCACAAAGAAGAAAACUGUGGUUGUCUCAUUGUAAUUUAAUUCUGUGCUCAUCUGUGAGUCUCUCUGUCGAGCUUCAGACUCAUCUAAAUCCGUGGAAGUGAUGUUGAGCGGUCACGUCAGGCUGAAGUGCUGCUACGUGUCUCACCAGGAUUGGAUCAGCGGCCGGAGAAGCUUUGAAAUCCAACCACACCACUGUGACGAAUGACAUAAUAUUACUUUGACAUGUGCACCCCUGUAUAUUAUCAUUUAUCUCGAUGCAGCAGAGAAAUGGAAAGGUUCAUUUUCAAAUCUUAAAAUAUUUAACCCUGAAUUUUAUGAUGAUAUUUAAAUAUUUAUAUUCCCUAUGUGAGUGUGUGUGUGUGUGUGAGAAUCCACAGACUGUAAAUAUUGAGUUAUGAUAACGACGUGUAACAUGAAGCAUGGAUUAAGCAUCGAACAAGUUUACACGAAUAUCUGAGGCUGUUUUGUAAAUACUGAACAAUAUUAUUGUCUUUGCACCGAGUGACGUUAAAGCCAACUGCUGCGGCAGCUCGCCCCCUGCUGUUCAACGGCGGCAACAACAGUAUUCAUGUGAUUCUCGUCUCAUAAUCUUGUUCCAUUUUAGCCAACUAUGAUUUAUUAUCUGUACUUUAGUUUUUUUUUAAAACAUUUUGUCCGACGAGCCGUCAGAAUAUCUGCUCCAUUUUGUACUGUAACUUUCAUAAUAUUCAAACGUGCAAUCAGGGACAUUACAUUUGCAUUGUAAAGGUUUAUGUUGUUAAAUUAUUAUUAUUAUAUCUUAAAAUACCUUUUUAUUCUGUGAAAUUCCAAUAAACCAUAUGACUGAAGAGAAAUACAGUGCAACAGUAAACUACAGAAGGUUUUCUCACAGGAACCGAUGACGUCUAUUUUCAAUACAACACCUAUUUUCAAAUAAUUUAGGGAUUAGUAAACUUCUAGAGGAGCAAACUGGAAAUAUCUGUACAUUUUGUGCUUUUCUUCUAUUUAAUGAAUGAACAACUAAAGAAUAACGACUGAGCCUUUUUUAGGAAAUGGGAUUAUAUGAAUUCAGCUGUUAUCGUUUAUCCUUAACUGUCUUUUUGCACCAUUCAAAUGACUGGGAAAUAUAAUCAAGUGGCCGUCAUCAAUACGUGUCCAGUGUUCUCCAGCUGAGAUUCAGUUAGGUAGUUCCCUCAGGAGUAGGUGGAGACCAUAAAUGGAGCUAAAAUGCUAAAACAAAAAAAAUCCACUUUCAGGUUGAUUGAAAAAGCAAAACUGUUUUUUUUUCUUCUGCUUCCGAGCGAAUCAAGCAGUAAAUGCAGCUCUGACAAAACAUUUCAGUCACAAGUUAAUAAAAGUAUGUAGAUUUGUCUGCCCCCUGUAAUAGCACCCUCUAUUUUUCAAUGUGUCGAGACUCAAGCGCUUCUCUAACCUCAAUUUAUUUACCAUCUUUCCUUUCCGCAGUUUAAUAAACGCAGACUUAGUUCAACAUCGAGGAUUUAAACCAGUUUCUCCCGACACAGAAAUCACAUCCAUCUUUCUGCCAAAGGGGAUUUCUGUCCCCUGACAUGUGCCAGUUACCACCUAAGGGCUACAUUUGCAUCAUGUGAGGCUUUCUGGUCGUUCCCCUCUGACCCUCCCCCCACCUCCUCCCAUCGGAGGAGGAACCUGCUCCGAGGGGUUGACGUCUCUGUGACCAGGAAUAGAUUUUAAGGCCCACGAGCAAAGUGAGACAUCAAUCAUGUAAUCUGGGUAAUCUCUUCUUUAAUUCUGCGAGUUUGGAUGUUUUGGGGGGUGACAUGUCCGCCGGCUGCGCUGAUGUCAAAAACGGGAAAUCUUCACUGGGGGGAAUAAAACUUUAUACUUAGCCAUAAUGCUGCAGCUUUAGGAAGUCAGUGUUUCUUCCAUGAGAUUUAUACGAAAACAUUAAAUAAAUCACUUAUUUAAAAUGCUCACAUCCUCGUCACUCCGUCCAGAUGUGGUAUUGAAUGGCAUGUCCCUUUACCCCCCCCCUCCCCCCACUUACCCACCCAUGAAUGUGACAUAUUUGACCGAUUUACCCUCAACACGUGGCGCUGGGACAACACAGCAUGUCACCAUUAUUUAUUUACCUUUAACACAUCAGAGGAAAAAAAAUAUAUCUACGCUUAAGUAUGUAAAUAUAUUGAAUGACAUGUUUAUUUUCUUUUUGUAUGAUGCUUGCCGGCUGCAAAAACCUCCUGAGCGGUCAAACGUUCGCUCACAACUUGAGACGAGCGCUGUGCCGCAGUUAAGCCUCACGUUUCCUCUCGCUCCUCUUCUGUGAAAUGUGUACAUGCAAAAAAAAAA